AUGCCAGCACCUGUGUGCUUGAUUGAGAAUGCAGAGGGGGAACUGCAGACGGUGGAAUCAGCCCUGGACAUCCUCAGGGGGAUCCAGCAGCCUUUGGUGGUGGUGGCUGUAGUGGGGUUGUACCGCACUGGCAAGUCUUACCUCAUGAAUCGGCUAGCUGGGCAACAGUCAGGCUUUGCUCUGGGCAGCACCAUUGAGUCUAAGACCAAAGGCAUCUGGAUGUGGUGUGUGCCUCACCCCUCUAAACCAGGACAUACAAUGUUGAUGCUAGACACUGAAGGACUGGGUGAUGUUGACAAGGGCGACUCGAAUAAUGAUGCCUGGAUCUUCUGUCUGGCCGUGCUGCUCAGUAGCACCCUGGUUUACAACAGCAGAGGCAGCAUCGAUAACCAGGCUCUAGAGAAACUCCACUAUGUGACUGAGCUGACCGAUAACAUCAGAAUAAAGUCAGCGGCCGCCCGUGAUGAUGAUGACGUGGAGGAGGAGGACAGUAAGUUCGUCCGCUUCUUCCCCGGCUUCAUCUGGGUCGUUCGGGACUUCACUCUGGAGAGGAAGAUCGGCGGUCGUGAUGUGAGCGAGGACGAUUACCUGGAAUUUGCCCUGCAGUUGAAGAAAGGUCUGACUAAUAAAGUGGCGACCUACAACCUUCCGAGACAGUGCAUCCGGAACUUCUUCCCGGCCCGGAAGUGCUUCACCUUCCCGUUCCCAACGUCCGCGAACAACAUGAGGAACCUGGACUCCAUGGCUGAUGCCGACCUUUUCCCAGACUUCCUGAGUGCCGCUGACCGCUUCUGCAGUUACGUCUUUGCAGAGAGCCGUGUGAAGACGGUACAGGGUUGCCACAAGGUCACCGGCAGCCGGUUCAGCCAUCUUGUGAAGAUCUACGUGGACACCAUCAACAGUGGCAGCGUUCCCUGUCUGGAGAAUGCUGUGGUUGCCAUGGCAAAGAUUGAAAACCAGUCGGCAGUGAAUGAGUGCUUCCGGCUUUAUGAGCAGGGCAUGGGGAAUUUUAGUAUGGCCUUUCCCAUGGAUGUUGGAACUAUCUCGGUACAACAUUAUCGUUUUGACGUCAUGGCAAUGCAGGAAUUCCAAAAACGUUCCUUCAAGGAUGAGGGGAGGAAUUACAUGACACAGCUGGCAGAGAAGGUGUCUAAGCUGUAUGAUCAGCUGAUCACUCUGAACAUGGAGGCCUCGGAGAAGCUGUGUCGGAAGCUUCUCUUGGAUCUGUACGCACCGUUGGCCGCCAGCAUUCAGCAGGGCAACUAUGCCAAGGCAGGCGGGUAUGAGAUCUACUGCCGUGACCGAGACGCCAUGGUGGCCAAGUACCGGCAACAUGACAAGAAGGGCAUGAAGGGGGAAGAGCUGCUGGAGGAUUUUCUCCAGGAGAAGAACGUUGAGGCCACUUCCAUCCUGAAGGCUGAUGAAAGACUCACAGAGUUAGAGAAGCAGAUGGAUGUCGGCACAGCAGCCAGCACAGCCUCCGGAGCUGCCGAUGGGGCUGGCACCAGUGUUGGCGCGGUUUCACAGUCUAUCUCAGCUCCAGCCGGUGCCAACGGCCGGUACGGGGCCAGCCGAUCGCGAUGGAGGGUCACAACCUUCCGCCGCCCUAACACCCGAACCCGGUAA